GUUUUGAGCGGUGCACACAGGAGUGUCUCUGCGGAUGUUGACGGACUCACGUGUCGCUGCUCGGCUGCUUUAACGUUGUCUCUUGUUUCGUUGUCUCGUCCGACUCACGUGUCCUCAGGAUGUCCGCGUCUCUGCUGCGGAGAGGACUGGAGCUGCUCAGCCACGACAUCAAAGACGUCAAUAAAGGGAAGAAGAAGAAGAGGAAGCAGCAGCAGCGGCAGCAGACGCCCAGCUCAGCCACCGUGAUGGACCUGGUGAGCACCAAGCGGCAGGGAGUCACCAAGCAGGUCAAACUGCUGCAGGGCCGCCAGGGCCACGGCAAGAGCAAAGCCACGGUCAAGAACAAGAGGGUCAAGUCUGCAGUGGAGGAGUUCAGGAAGAAGCAAGGGAAGAGCCACAUGAAGGCAAACCUCAAGUACUUUUUGGGAACUGUCUGCAAAACCACAGAUAAAGACACGUUGAAGAUCCUGAAUCACAAUACAGGUAGACAGUCUAGGAAUCACCCACAGCGACCGGCCAAGAAGCCCAAGGCAGCCGAGUCGUUGUUCACAGAGAAGGAGUUCCAGCAGUUCCAGAAGGAAUACUUUGGCAGGACUGUCGAGGAGAAGAAAUGAAACAAACACAAAGACACUGCAGCAUGAGAGGAGACAUCUGGGCUGCAUUUUGUGGAUCAGAGUAGAUUCCUGGACCAGGCUAUGAUCUGGAAGUUGGAUCGACUUCACAUCUCAUAAAGAAAGAAGGACACCGUGAGGAGAAAUGCUUUUAUUUGCUGUUGGUGUUUGGACUUCAGACACAGGGAACAUUUGAUUUACCAGCAUGAAAUAUAAUGUGCUGUAAUUCAUGAAACAUGAGGAAAAAGAAAUGUAGUUGUGGCUUGAUAUUUUAUAGUUUAACCAUAAACUUUACUAUAAAUAGAAAGAAAACACAAAUACAAUGAAAUACAUUUAAUGUGAAUUAAGAAAAUAAACAUUUUUAAAUGUAAACUGUAAACUUUCUGCAUUAUUUAUUCUAUAGAAUGCAGUUUUCAUAUCAGUGCAUACUGGCCAAUGGAUACUUUUGGACAGGCUCUAGUUAACGUCAUUGUCUAGUCAUUAGGAUCGAUUGUGACUAUUUUUCAAGAGUUUAUGCCUAAUAAACAUAAUAAUGAAAUAUCUCA